AUGCCGCUUGCCUCCGCCGUGGCGUGCGGCACGAAUCAAUUACAGACACGCCAGCAGGAUUCGUUGCAGGCUAUCGUGAACAAACAUGUGCAGGACCCUGCUCUACGAGAGCUCAACAGUAGCCAAACGUCUACAGAGCGGGGUGUCCAGCGCUGGGAGCAGGCGCACCUUGUUUCUGCCCUGGACGUCAUCAACGAUUACCAGCGGUCCCGGCGUGCGCGAGUCUUCAAGGCACUGGGGGAUUUUGGCCCUAGUUGGAGGCGAUCCUACAAAAACGACCCCAGGACCCGGAUGUGUGAACUUCUGAAAAGCUGGCUCCGGGCGAAUGCUGCGAGCAGCUCGCUGGCGGAGGAAGAGGUGCGAAGCAUGUGCGGACUUUGUCGUGACAUCCUCAGCCAUCCGCAUCUUUUCCCAGCUCGCAAUCCGCAGAGUUUCUUGAAGAGUACCGCGGAUGUGUAUGACCACCUGCAGUGGCAGUUGCAAGAGGUCUUGGAAAAGGAUCGGAGCUGCGCAGAGCUGGCGCAGCGGCUCAUCUCGCUCAGUCGCAAUCUUGUCGCAGACACCAUCUCGUAUCUUCUGCUUGCUCCUACGGACCUGAAGGACACCGAUGUGGAAAGGUUUGCGGCAAAGAAGCCACGCCCUGUGAGCCUUCACAGCUGCCUGCACGAGUUCGCUCGUCCAGCAGAACUGGCAGCCUUUCUACACGAUGAAAUCCCUGUGCGUUUCGCGGAGAGGAUCCGAUGGAUAGAACAGGUGCCAGAGUGGAAAGAGAUUCCGGAGCUCGUCGAUGCCCAUCUGAAGCACAUGGCCUCGUUCUCUUACAUGCGCAAGGCUGAUCCCAAAGAGCCUGUGAAGUUCCAGGGUUCCCUUCAGAGGAUUCUGAAGCGCCAAGACAACAUGGUCGAAUUAAUGUCGCAUGCCAUGCAGAGGCUUCGUUCGGUUCGUGGAGGCCAGGACUUCGACGGUUUUUCCAAUAAGUUCCUCGAUAACUUUCUGCUCAAUCGUCUUGGCUGCAACUUGCUCAUGACACACUAUUUGGCCAUCGCACACCCUGGCCGCCACACGAUCGGAAUAAUUGAUCCACAGUGUGAUGCAGUGGAAGUUUGCAGGGAAGCUGCCCAGGACGUGCAAAACGCCUGUCGCGACUUCCUUGGUCGUGCGCCGCCGCUAGAGGUGCAGGGCUUCUCGCAGGGAGCACCGACGGCCGGCUUUGCUCCUCGUUUUGCCUACAUCCCCGGAAUCCUCAGCUUCAUCGUGCGCGAAUUGCUGAAGAACAGCUUCCGUGCCACGCUGGACUUGGAAACUGACCUGGCUGACCUGGAGAACCGUCCCGUCCAAAUCAUUGUCUGUGCUGAUGAGGACCACGUUAUGAUCCGCAUCAGUGACCGGGCGCAGGGCAUUCCAAUCGAUGUUGGCACGCGGGUGUGGUCGUACAUGUAUACGACCUCAAAGAAAGCUUCCCCAUUGAGUGGCUACGGGGUAGGUCUGCCACUAAGUCGGCUCCAUGCGAGGUACCUGGGCGGUUCUCUCCAGCUGGUGUCUCUGCCGGGCUUCGGCACGGAUGCUUACCUAAGCCUGCCUCGUGUGGACACUCAGAUGGUGGAGGUCGUGCCGGACUGUGAUGAACACGAGUCUGUCGAGUAUUCAUUUACCGUUUGA